CAGACUGCUGUGAGUCGGUGCUCCUACCCUGCGCGAGUCCACAAGCCGCUUUCUCUGCUGUCUGACCCGCUCGGCUCCACGAUGCCGGUGGACCUCGGCAAGUGGUCCGGGCCUUUGAGCCGGCAGGAAGUGGAUGAGCGGCCGCAGCACCCGCUGCAGGUCAAAUACGGCGGGGCGGAGGUCGACGAACUGGGGAAAGUGCUGACACCCACUCAGGUUAAGAACCGGCCCACCAGCAUUACAUGGGAUGGCCUUGAUCCAGGUAAAUUGUACACCUUGGUCUUGACAGAUCCGGAUGCUCCCCGCAGGAAGGACCCCAAAUCCAGGGAAUGGCACCAUUUCCUGGUGGUCAACAUGAAGGGCAACGACAUCGGCAGUGGCACGGUUCUCUCUGAUUAUGUGGGCUCUGGGCCUCCCAAGGGCACAGGCCUGCACCGCUGCGUCUGGCUGCUUUACGAACAGAAAGGACCACUGAAGUGUGACGAGCCCAUUCUCAGCAACCGAUCUGGAGACCACCGUGGCAAAUUCAAGGUGGCCUCUUUCCGCAAAAAGUAUGAGCUUGGGACCCCAGUGGCCGGCACAUGUUACCAGGCUGAAUGGGAUGAUUAUGUGCCCAAGCUCUAUGAGCAGCUGUCUGGGAAGUAGAGGAGGUGGACACCGCCCCAGGG